AUUGUUUGAAAAUGGCACACGACGCGGAGCAAUACAUUAAAGAUAUACAGCGUGAGUAUGUGGACUUUCUGGACGACGAGGAGGACCAAGGCAUCUAUGCUGGCCAUGUCAAAGAUAUGAUUGCCGAGAAGAGCAAGCGUCUGGUUGUCAACAUAAACGAUCUGAAGCGCAAGAAUCAACAGCGCGCCCUUGGCCUGCUGAGCAACGCCUCCGAUGAGCAGCUGGCAUUUGGGCGGGCACUCAAGGAGUACAUCUCGACUGUCGAUCCCAGCUAUGCCAAACAGCACGAAGAUUUUUUUGUUGGCUUCGAGGGCUGUUUUGGCAAUCGGCAUGUAACGCCUCGCACCCUCUCGUCCAUCUAUCUGGGAAAUCUCGUGUGUCUGGAGGGCAUUGUUACCAAGGUGUCGCUCAUACAUCCAAAGGUUGUGCGCAGCGUUCACUAUUGUCCGGCUACGCGCAAGGUAAUGGAACGCAAAUAUACAGAUCUCACCUCAUUCGAAGCGGUGCCCUCGAGCGCUGUUUAUCCCACAAAAGACGAUGAUGGCAAUCUGCUGGAAACGGAAUUCGGCCUGUCUGUGUAUAAGGAUCAUCAGACGCUCACCAUACAGGAGAUGCCAGAAAAGGCGCCAGCCGGCCAAUUGCCGCGCUCCGUUGAUAUUGUGUGCGAUGAUGAUCUUGUCGAUCGCUGCAAGCCCGGCGAUCGUGUCCAGAUCGUUGGCAACUAUCGCUGCCUGCCUGGCAAGCAUGGCGGCUAUACAUCCGGCACCUUUCGCACCGUUCUGCUGGCCAACAACAUAUCGCUGCUCAGCAAGGAGAGCAAUCUGGAUAUCUCACGCGAGGACAUUAUGCUCUGCAAGAAACUGGCCAAAAACAAUGAUAUAUUCGAGCUGCUCAGCAAGAGCCUGGCGCCCUCCAUACACGGUCACACGUUUGUGAAGCAGGCCAUACUCUGUCUACUGCUUGGCGGCGUUGAGAAGGUUCUGCCCAAUGGUACACGUCUGCGCGGCGACAUCAAUGUGCUGCUCAUCGGUGAUCCUUCGGUGGCCAAAUCUCAGCUGCUGCGCUAUGUACUCAAUACGGCGCCGCGUGCAAUACCCACGACAGGACGUGGCUCCAGCGGCGUUGGCCUAACCGCUGCCGUUACCACAGAUCAGGAGACGGGCGAACGUCGUCUGGAGGCCGGCGCCAUGGUGCUAGCCGAUCGUGGUGUUGUCUGCAUCGAUGAGUUCGAUAAGAUGAGCGACAUUGAUCGCACGGCCAUACACGAGGUGAUGGAACAGGGUCGGGUUACCAUAUCCAAGGCCGGCAUACACGCCUCACUCAAUGCACGCUGCUCGGUGCUGGCGGCCGCUAAUCCGGUCUAUGGACGCUACGAUCAAUAUAAGACACCCAUGGAAAAUAUUGGUCUGCAGGACUCGUUGCUGUCGCGUUUCGAUUUGCUGUUUGUCAUGCUGGACGUCAUUGAUAGCGAUGUGGAUCAAAUGAUAUCGGAUCAUGUGGUGCGCAUGCAUCGCUAUCGCAAUCCCAAGGAAGCCGACGGCGAGCCCCUCACCAUGGGCAGCUCCUAUGCCGACUCGCUGGCCUUUGUCUCCAACUCGGAACAGCGCAAGGAUACGGAGCUGUAUGAGAAAUAUGAUGCACUGUUGCAUGGCAAAUCACGCAAGCGUCACGAGAAGAUUCUGUCCGUUGAGUUUAUGCGCAAGUAUAUACAUAUUGCCAAGUGCAUGAAGCCCAAGCUGACAGAGCAGGCCUGCGAGGCAAUUGCCAAUGAGUAUUCGCGCCUGCGCUCCCAAGAGGCUGUCGAAUCGGAUGUAGCACGCACACAGCCGAUUACGGCGCGUACAUUGGAAACGCUUAUCCGUUUGGCAACGGCGCAUGCCCGGGCACGCAUGUCCAAAACGGUGACCAUCGAUGAUGCCCAUGCGGCCAUUGAGCUGGUGCAGUAUGCCUACUUUAAGAAGGUGCUGGAGAAGGAGCGCGGCAGCAAGCGGCGUCGCAAUGGCGGCUCCUCCGAUGAGGAGGAGGAGGAAGAUGCCAAUGGCACCACCGAUGCCGCUACGCGCUCUCCCUCGCGCCGAUCCAAACGCACACGCACCGAACCUGAUCCAAAUGCCGUGCACGAUAGUGAUGAGGAUAUUGAGCCGCCACAGCCGGAUGUGGGCGAUUUGACGCGCCGUGAGACACGCCGCUCGCUGCCGGCACGCCAGCACCAUGAAGCCGCCGCAACCGGCUCGGAAAGUCUGACCGGCUCGGAGCCCGUCAGCAACAUAUCCGCAACGCCUGCAACCAUUACCGAUGAACGCCUGGGCGUAUUCAAGAACGGGCUGCAGCGACUGUUUCGCGAGGCACGCGAACAGAGCCUGCCGCUGCACCGCAUCACGGCGGCCAUCAACGAGAAUAAUGCGGAACCGUUUGUAGCCGGCGAGGUUGAUGCGGCCAUGCAUCGCAUGACCGAGGACAAUCAGAUAAUGGUCGCCGACGAUAUCGUCUUUCUUAUCUAAUCCUUAUAAUUUCCAGCCUACCUAUAUGCAUCUGAUUGUAACUCCCUUAGAUAACGUACAAAUUCUAUGUUUAGCCAUUAAGUCUUUCGAUUUUUUUUUGUUCAUUUUAUAUUUAUAAUAAAAACUUGGAACUCUUAUU